AGGGACAGUGAAACACAUCGCUCACACAAAACCACCAAAACGAAGUUCAGUCAGACGAGUCAGACAGACAGACAGAAAGUUAUAAAAGAAUGACGAUUUGACAACAAUCGUUACCGUGAAAAUAUGAAGAACUGAUCUUAAUGUUCGUGAUAAAAUAGUUUGGAAAGCUGCAAAUUCUUUUUAAAAGUCAUAUCAGAGCAGUGAACAUCGCUAUGCGUAAAUAAUACAAGGGGGACUGCGCCCCGAGCAGCUGUGGGAUUCCAGUUUCCCAUACGAUCAAAGUUGAAGGUUAUAAGGGAGAAGAAAAAAAAAACGUAAUUUUAGCUGGCCCGCGCCCAGACGUUUCUAUUUUAUGGGAAAUCGUAGCAGUAAUUCUUCAACAUUCACUGCACCCGAAGUAGAUAACGGGAGCAUCGAAAGAAGAGUGAAAUUUGCGAAUUCAUCGUCAUCACUGUCACCGUCAUCUUCCACAUCGGUGGCUCAAAACAGACUUCCGGGAACCAGGAAAUCAGCUGGAACUGCCUCCGGACAGCUCCGUAGAUCGGUCAGUUUGGAUGAAAUAUUGGGACGAUUGAAUGAGAGCUUUCAGAAGCUGUCCAGUUCUCUAUCCUGUACGGCCCUGAACACCACAGCUAGCAACGGAAGGCGUAGAUCAGCUCCAGUUUACAAUCGCCCGUGGAGUCGAGUUUCGCGAAAAAGGUGGCAGGAAGGAACGUUGGCAGAUGCUCAUCAAUUGUCCAAGACCUGUUGGCCAGUAACGCAUGCUGAAGCACUAUUUUUACCGCAUUUUACGAUUGACAUCCAUGCCGAACGUCGGUAUCUGAGAGUGCGCCACCUUGCGAACGGAGCAUUCGGGAGAGUUUAUCAGGUCCGAUCGGUCGAUGGAGGCGAAAAGACUGAUGAUUUGGCGCUCAAAAUUUUAAGUAAAUCUCAGAUUAUUGACAACAACGCUGUUCGUCAGCUGAAGGACGAAUGCGAUAUUCAAACCAUUUGCGGUCAUCAUAAAUUUUUGGCUGAAUGUGUUCGCUACUGGCAAACUAAGAAACAAGUUUAUUUGCUUUCCAAAUUUUACCCGAAUGGAGAGUUAUUCCAGCGAUUUCAACAGUUUCCAUUAGAACUGGUCCAACUAUACGUAGCAGAAAUCGCUUUGGCCUUAGAUUUCCUGCACCAAGCCGGCAUAAUAUACCGGGAUUUAAAACCUGAAAACGUUCUCCUGGACCAGGACUACCACAUCCGUCUGAUUGACUUUGGCCUCAGCAAGUGGUUGAGCAUAGGUUCUCGAACGCGUACGCUCUGUGGAACCUUGCAGUACAUGGCACCGGAGAUCCUGACCGGAGAACCUUAUGGUCACGCCAUAGAUUGGUGGGCGCUUGGUGUGCUUGCUUGCCGUAUGUAUACAAGCGAGUAUCCGUAUCUCGAUUUGUCGAGUUAUUUGGGCAAGUCGGAGGACCUCGACCGACUGAUUGAACGACGCACUACGCAACCAGCUGAGGAUGAUUGUACUGCCGCCAGUGGACGCACGCUUCUCCCGGCCUCGGUUCACGAUACGCUGCCACCCGAGGCGCAAGAUCUGCUCAGGCGAUUGCUGGAAGUGAAACCCCAAUACCGGUUGCGUUCCGAGCUGCAGUUGCAGCGCAUUGGCCUCUAUAAAAAUUACAACUGGGAUGCGGUUAGAAACAAACAGGUUUCAGCAAAGCAAAUCAUUGAAUCGGCAAACAUUUUGGAUACGAACGAAUCUGGACCAAGAGCAAUUUCGGCGUUGGUUGAAAAAUCUUUUGAAAACUUAACCUGGUAACUGACCUCAUGGUUAUUGUAACGUACCAAACAGCAGCAGCAACAACGGAGAACAACAUUAGCUUGCAAUAAUGGUACACGAGCUUAAGUGAAUAAUUACUCUGAAAUCUUCUACCGGUUUCAUAUUUCUUAGCUUGUUGUGAGAUGGUCGAGCUCGGUGGGAGUCAAAAAGCUACCACGAAAACAAAUUAAUUUAGAACAGUCACAGGGCAACGGUUAUCGUAUUUCAGUUUUAUGCUAAUUUUUUUUUUUUUUUUUUUUUUUGCCAGGAAUUUACCACUAGGUGGCAUUCUUCCCUAAAAGUUUUAUGCUAAGAUAGGAUACAGAAUCGAAAUGCCCACAAUCCAUGCGGUGAAGAAGCUGAUGCAAAUCUUUAUCAUUAUGUUCACAGCUUGAGACUCCCGCCGCUCGGCAAUGUGCCAUUGAAAAACAUUAAGUGCCAUUAUCGGAGAAUAAUUGUCCGACCUUGGUUAAACAUCUAAAUAUCUGUGCGCAUGCACUCCUGCUUGACCGGACCGGGUGAAUGAAGAAAAGUGCAUCGAUGGGGGAAGAGGGUAGGCAGCAAGGAGUGUCGUCGUGACUCAGUACCCAGUCGAUUAACAAGUUGCCUCUUCCAUCAAACGAUAAAGCGCGUAUUAAUAGGUUGAUUAGCGAUAACAAUUAGAUGUAUGAUGGCGAGAAUUAACAUGCUGGUUUGAACGAAACCAAUCAAUAAGCACGAACAUGACGGUGAAGAGGUGUCGAAGAUGAUGGUGACAAAGUGAUGACGAUGACAUUGAUGACAAAGAUGAAAAGAUAAAAAUGAGCCGUCCUUAAGAAAAUCAAGUAUCCGUCCUUAGUGAAUAAAUGUAGAAAUAC